UGCCCCAAGCACCCGGUUCUCCCCAAGGACUCUGUCUGUAGAGAAAGGGCCUGGCUGCGGGCCUGGGAUGGGGAAGACCGGCUGUGUGUGGGGUGCAUGGUGGAGGAAAGGAGAUGGCCGGGAGCCCCACGGGGGGAUGCAGGUCCUGGGGCCAGAAACACAAUCUCAGGGCUGCCAGCCUGGGUCUGGCUCUGUGCCCAGAGCCCGGUGGUUUCCGCUCACAGAUGUCCCAACAGCCCCGCGGGAGGGCGGGAAGGGGACCCAAGAAGGAAGAUGUCUCGCUCCCUCAGCCCCAAACCACUGUGGCCUGUGAGGCCAAUGGCUCCUGGGCUGAGACUGGCCCGCGGGCUCUCCAGGUGCCCAGUGGCAGCCUCUGCCCUCCAUCCCGGGCAUAGCCCUCCUGCAGAUGGCAUGGACCCCUCGCUCCCAGCUUACCCCAGGAAGGCUGAGGCUGCGGUUUGCAUCAUCCUUGGGCGUGGAGCUGACCUCGAAGAACGAAUUCGAAGAAAACAGGAGGAGGAGCAGGCAUGCCACCGCACCCAGCGCCCAUUGGCCGCCUGUGGAAACUUUGGUUUUUGGGGUCAUGUUCCCAGAAGGCCUGCCCUCCCCCUCCCCCUUCCCACCCACCUCACGAGGUGUUGGCCAAUCGCCCCAGCGGGCAUAAAGUGGCUGCCAGCCCGCAGGGCUCCCAGCCGGGAGGUGUCACCCCCAACAGGCACGGGCAAGAGCUCGAGCACCCAGCAUGCGGGCACAGCUUACACAGAGGAUGCUGCUCAAUCCGCCUCCAAGGCCUGGACACGUCUGAACUGAGAAAACUCUGCAAAGAGCGCCCCGGGGCGUUCCCCAGCCAGGAUGCCCUGUGGGAGCUCAGCAGGUGGGACCUCCUGCGCACCCUCAAUGCCACGCUGGGCCAGGCCUUGCACAGGUUGACCGCUUUACAGCAGGAUUUCCCCAAAGCCCGGGACUGGCUAACGGUGACAAUGAACAUCCGCGGGUUCCAGAACAACAUCCACUGCCUGUCCCAGCUGCUUCGUGCCUCCUCGGAGACGGCCAAGCCCACUCAGGCAAGCCCAGGGGCCUCGCCACCCCCCAUCCCUGCCUCAGACGCGUUCCAGCACAAGUUGGAGGGCUGCCAGUUCCUGAGCGGCUUCCACCGCCUCAUGGGCUCAGCAGGCCAGGUCUUCCGGGAGUGGGGGAAGACCCCCCGCCGGAGCCGGAGACAUAGCCCCCGCCACCUGGCCCUGCGGAAGGGGCCUCGGGGGGUGCAACUCUUCAGGAGAGGCCGGAGACUCGUGCCCAGGGGGCAGCUGCCCCGGUAGCCUUGGGGGCUCCCCUGGCAAGUGGAGGACCAGCAGGCACUCUCCAGGACUGCACCUCCCAGGGGCCUCCAAACCUGCUCCUCUCCAUUCCCCACCUCUCAGAAGCACUUUAAGGGGUCUACCUCCUCCAGGCUGGGGGGAUAGGGUCAGGCUAUUGCACCCCCCAGCCCUGAGUUCCCCGGUCCCGGUGGGACGGUCGGGUCAGGCCACGAGGGGCCAACUUUCCAUUGAUUCAGGGAUCUGAUGACACAGGCUGACUCAUGGCCAGACUGACCCCUCCCCCUGCUCCGCUCCCCAGAGGCCUGCCGGCCCUUCCCUCUCAUGACUUGCAGGGCUGUUGCCCCCAGACUUCCUCCUUUCUGUGGUGGCGCGGUUCCAAGGGGAGGUCAGGACCCAAGCUGGCCUCCUGAGCCUCAUCUCAGUCUCAGGCCAGACACCUGGAUGUCUGGGGGACCUCACUUUAGGCAGCUGUGACAGAGGCAGUGCUCCUGGAAGGAGCACUGAUCUGGGGGAUGCAAGGAACCCAGCUUAGCCUCUCAUUCGCUGUGUGGCCUCAGGUAGGCCACUUUACCUCUCUGAAUCUCAGUUUUCUCUUUGUGAAUUGAGGGGAUUGGGGACAGUGUAAAGCCUUCUCCACCUGUCAGUUGCUGGGACUUGGUGACACAGGGUGCAUAUCAAAUUCUCUCCGUGAACUGGGACACACAGGGCAAAUGGACAGGGGGUGCAGCCCAAGGUCUCUGUUCUUCCCAGCACCUAGAAGCUCCUGGUCUGGGGUCCUGGCUGCUCCCCCUGGUGGUACAUCGUGGAAUUUUCUCAUGCUGAAACCAUUGCCCUCCUGGAGGGGGUCCCAGAAGCUGCUGGGACAUUUCCUUGGAGGCACAUGACUAAUUUAUCAAUUUUUAUCUGUUUUCUAUUUAUAAGGCUUAUUUAUGAUGUGUAUUUAAUCUUAAUAUUGUGCCAACAUAUAUUUAAAACUUGCCUGGUUUCUAAAGCCCCUGUGUCUCUCUGUUGCCUUGGGGAGAGGAUUUGGAGGAGCCUGGCCUCUUGGAGAGGGGGGGUCCCUACAUGGCAAGGCCACAAGUGGCCACCACCUGAGAACUGGGCUGGAGGUCCCUGCCCUGUCCAGGAAGGGAAGUCGCACGUCCCGGUCAGCCGGGGGCUCUGACUGUGGGGGCGUCUCAAACACAGACAAGGCGUUCGUUGUGUCUGAACAGGUCUCAUUGGGGACGCUG